AUGGCGGAGCGAGAGACAGACGGCGCGAUGGUUUCCAGGUUGGAUGCGGAACACGACGGCGCGGAUGGGGGAGCGGUGGGGAGAGGCGCGAAGGAUGUUGGUUCCGCGCGCGGUGCCGUGGAUGCGGAUGAUGGCGACGCCGCCGCCGGCGCCGGCGCCGGCGCCGCCGCCGACGACGACGACGACGACGAGAUUCCGGACGCCGUGCCGCUCCCCGGACGGCUCAAGGCGACGAGAAGGGCAAGCGGAACAGGGCGCAUGGCGCGCAGGCGGCGAAGAGGAUCCCGCGGGGAGCAGCGCGCGCGAGGCGGUGCCGAUCACGAUCAUCACGGGGUUCCUGGGAGCCGGCAAGACCACCCUGGUGAACCAUAUCCUGUCGCAGUCGCACGGGCUGCGCAUCGCCGUGAUUCUCAACGACUUUGGCGACCGCCUGGGCAUUGA